AUGGUGCAAGGAAAGAAGAAAGGAAAGGGGAAAGUAAAGGUUCCACGUCCUAGCCUUGCUGCUCUGAACGAGAAAGCUUUUCGAGAAGAAGAACAGCACAUGAGGAAUGCUAUAAGAGAAAGUACAAGGCAGGCAGGUUUAAGCAUGUCGAGAGGCUUCAGGGCCUUGGUGGAAACAUCCGAGUCAAAAGAGGAAGAGUUUAUUGACAGGGCCAUGGCUCAGGCAAGAGAGAUGUUUCCUUGGUGUGAAGAGGAGGAUUCAGUGGCCAGUGAGGAUAUGGAGGAGGAUGGAGGAUCAGAGGAUGUGGAGGAUGAUGAGGCGAAUGAGACAGAGCACCAGGAAUCCGAAGAAGAGGAAGUGAGAGAUGAUGGCAGUGAGGAUGAGGGAGGUGCUGGACCAUCCAAGCAGCAAGGAAAGUCCUGCAAAAAACGGCCAAGGAAGAAAAGAGUCACUGAGCCAGACUCGGAUAAUGAUCCAGACCCGCCAUCUGCUUACCAAGGCGAUCAUGCCCCAGAUGAGGAAGGCUGGACAAGAGUCCUGGAACACAUCAGCAUCCGAGACUUCAAGGGAAAACAACCCGCUGGACCAACCUUUAGGAAAAAGAAGUUACCCAUCAACUACUUCUUGAAAUUCUUUCCGGUAUCCCUCUGA